GUGUGCUCUCAUAUGUGGAAGGAGAAACUGAUUUCUGAUUGUAAUUUUGAUAUUUGAAACAAUGAACAAAUGGCUCAGCCAACUAGUGUAAAGUUUGCUCAACUUGGAUUAAAACCAUGGAUUACAAAACAGGUCGAAAAACUUGGUCUCAAGCGACCGACACCAAUCCAGGAAGCUUGUAUCCCCAGUAUUCUAGAUGGUCGCGAUUGCAUCGGUGCGGCCAAGACCGGGUCCGGUAAAACGUUCGCCUUUGCCUUGCCGAUACUGCAAAAGCUAAGCGAAGAACCAACGACCAAUUUUGCGCUAGUUUUGACUCCGACGCAUGAGCUAGCACAUCAGAUCGCGGAGCAGUUUUUGGUUGCCGGUCAACCGAUGGGUGUCAAAGUGUGUGUGGUGACGGGCGGUACGGAUCAGUUGCUGGAAGCGCAGCGGCUACAAAACAGACCACACAUUGUGGUAGCCAUGCCCGGCCGAUUGGCAGCGCAUUUGUCCGGCUGCAAUACCUACUCGUUCCGAGCAAUGCAGUUUCUGGUGGUGGACGAAGCCGAUCGUGUGCUAAGUGGGAAUUUCGACGAGGAUUUGGAAGUUAUCAAUAGGUUUCUCCCAAAAAAGCGACAGAAUUUGUUUUUUUCCGCUACGCUGAAAGACCUGUCACGAGAGAAUAGCGUUUUCCCGAUUGAAGAAGAUGUGUUCGAAUGGUCGGAGGAAAGUAGUGUUGCAACUGUUGAAACUCUGGAUCAACGGUACAUUCUUUGUGCUGACUAUGAUCGAGACAUGGUUUUGAUCGAAACCCUACGCAAGUUCAAAGACGAACAAGAAGAUGCCAGCGUGAUUAUUUUCACUAACUCUAAGAAAGAUUGUCAGGUUUUAUCAAUGACGCUAAACACAAUCGGUUUUGCAAAUGUUUGCUUGCACGGGUUUCUAAGGCAAAAGGAAAGAGUUGCAGCUUUAAACAGGUUCAAAUCGAAACACGUUCGGAUCCUCAUUGCAACGGAUGUAGCGAGCCGCGGUUUGGAUAUCCCAAGUGUGCAACUUGUUUUGAAUCAUCGACUACCGAAAGUUCCCAACGAAUACAUCCAUCGUGUUGGUCGUACAGCUCGUGCCGGUCGAAAGGGACUUGCCAUCUCUAUUUUCCGUUUUCCAAGGGAUUUAGAGUUUUUAGGGGAAAUCGAAUCGCUAAUCAAUACUAAGCUGGUCGAACAUCCGAUUGAUCAACGGCUGGUUGAGCGCAUAUUCAUGCAAGUUAGUGUGGCCAGACGGGAGGCGGAAAUGAAUCUGGAUAAUAAAGAUUUCGAUGAACGACAACACAACUAUCGGCGUAAAAAGUGGAUCGAACAAGGUUUGGACCCGGACGAAAUGGAAGCAAAGUGGAAACAAGAGAAACAGGCAAGGGCAGCUGAGCGUCGAGAACGACUCAAGAAGGAAAACGAAGAACGAAGGCGAAUAGCAACGGAACAACAGUUGCCGGCAACUGGAGAUGAACGCUUUAAAUCAGCUAUUGAAAACAAAAAGUUCAAGAAGCGAAAAUUUGUAAAAACAGAAGAGCUAGAUAAAUUUGUUGAAGCAAAGAAAAAUCGGAAAGAAAAAGUAAAAACUAAG